AUGUUAUCUGCAUCAAGAAAACUUAAUAAUCAACAAUUUUUAAAAACAAUUAGAAAUAUGACAACAUUUAGAUCAGAAUUUGAUACAUUUGGAGAAGUUAAAGUUAAUGAUGAAAAAUAUUGGGGUGCACAAACUCAAAGAUCAUUAGAAAAUUUUGAUAUUGGUGGUGAAUCAGAAAAGAUGCCAUUAAUGGUUGUUCGUUCAUUUGGUAUUUUAAAACGUUGUGCAGCAAUUGUAAAUAAAAAGUAUGGUUUAGAUGCAACCAUUGCAGAUAAUAUUGCUAAAGCAGCAACAGAAGUUGUUGAAGGUAAAUUAGAUGAUCAAUUCCCAUUGGUAGUUUUUCAAACUGGUUCAGGUACACAAUCAAAUAUGAAUGCCAAUGAAGUUAUCUCAAAUCGUGCAAUUGAAUUAAUGACAGGUAAAAGAGAUUUCUCAAAGAAAUUAGUACAUCCAAAUGAUCAUGUCAAUAAGAGUCAAUCCUCAAAUGAUACAUUCCCAACUUGUAUGCACAUUGCUGCUGCAAUCUCAAUCAAUGAGAAAUUAGUACCAGCUUUAGAGAUGUUAUUGGCUGCUAUGCGUACCAAACAAAACGAAUUUAAUCAUAUCAUCAAGAUUGGUAGAACUCAUUUACAAGAUGCUACCCCACUCACUUUGGGCCAAGAGUUCUCUGGUUAUUGCACUCAAAUCGAGUAUGGUAUUCAAAGAAUUAAAGAUACCCUCCCAAGACUUUACAAUUUAGCUCAAGGUGGUACAGCCGUUGGUACAGGUUUAAAUACUCCAGUUGGUUUCGAUGUUGAUAUCGCCUCUGAAGUCGCUAAAUUCACUGGUCUCCCAUUCAAAACCGCUCCAAAUAAAUUCGAAGCUUUAGCAGCUCAUGAUGCUAUGGUCGAAGUUAGUGGUGCCCUCAAUACCGUCGCUGUCUCUCUCAUGAAGAUUGCCAAUGAUAUUCGUUUCUUAGGUUCUGGUCCACGUUGUGGUUUAGGUGAACUCAUCCUCCCAGAGAAUGAACCAGGUUCAUCAAUUAUGCCUGGUAAGGUCAAUCCAACUCAAUGUGAAGCUAUGACUAUGGUUUGUGCUCAAGUUAUGGGUAACAAUACCACCGUUUCCAUCGCUGGUAGCAAUGGCCAUUUUGAAUUAAACGUUUUCAAACCAGUCAUCAUUAAAAAUGUUCUCUCCUCAAUUCGUCUCAUCGCUGAUGCUUCAGUUUCUUUCACUAAACAUUGUGUCGUUGGUAUUAAAGCCGAUGAAAAGAGAAUCGAUCAACUCUUACACGAAUCCCUCAUGUUGGUAACUGCUCUCAAUCCAUACAUUGGUUAUGAUAAAGCUGCCAAAGCCGCUAAAAAAGCUCACAAAGAAAAAACUACACUCAAAGAAGCUUGUCUCUCAUUAGGUUUCACUACCUCUGAAGAAUUUGAUAAAUGGGUUGAUCCAUCAAAAAUGAUUGGUUCAAUGAAAUAA